AUGAGUGCCGUGGUCCCUGAUUCACCGGUUUCCGGUUAUGCCGCUCGCACAACGGAAGGUGUGGAAGAUGAUUGCGAUCGUAAUAAUUUCAUAUACAAAAUUGUAGAAAGUGAUCUGGCUGAAGGCCGUGUCAAGACAGUUAUUACCCGUUUUCCACCUGAACCUAAUGGAUUCUUGCACAUUGGCCAUGCUAAAUCUAUAUGUCUGAAUUUUGAACUUGCCAAGGCAUUUGGAGGACGCACACAUCUUAGGUUCGAUGAUACCAACCCCGUUACUGAGGAAGCCCUGUACAUCGAAUCUAUACAAAGAGAUGUGAAAUGGUUGGGAUACGAUUGGGGAGAACACCUAUAUUUCGCAUCAGACUACUUCCAACAAUUGUAUGAAUGGGCAGUACAACUAAUACAGAUGGGAUUGGCAUAUGUAGAUGACCAAACUGUUGAGGAGAUUAGAGAGGCACGUGGUAGUAUCACAGAGCCUGGAAAGGAGUCACCCUAUCGAAACCGUAGCAUCGAGGAAAAUCUCAUGCUUUUCGAAAAAAUGAAAAACGGUGAAUUCCCAGAUGGGCAUUGUUUAUUACGUGCUAAAAUAGAUAUGGCCUCGGGUAACAUGAACUUGCGUGACCCGAUCCUCUACCGUAUUAUUCAUGCAACUCACGUGAACACUGGUGACAAAUGGGUCAUAUACCCAAUGUACGACUAUGCACAUGGUCAAUGUGAUAGUAUCGAGAAUAUUUCGCAUUCCAUUUGUACAGUGGAAUUUGAAAACCAUAGACCACUCUAUGAUUGGUUCCAAGAGAAAUUGGGUAUUAAACCAACACGUCAAAUUGAAUAUGCACGACUUAACAUCACAUACUGUGUGAUGAACAAGCGUCUUUUAAUCCAGUUAGUAAAACGAGGUCUUGUAAGUGGCUGGGAUGACCCGAGGAUGCCGACGAUAUCCGGUCUACGUCGACGUGGCUGUCCUGCAGAGGCGAUACGUCGUUUCUGUCGUAAAGUGGGUGUAGCGAAACGUGAGAACAUGAUACAAAUCGAGCUACUUGAGGACUGUAUUCGGGAAUGUAUGAACGAAACGGCCUCAAGACUCUUUGCUGUUAUUGACCCGCUACUAGUCGAGAUUGAGAAUGUCCCAGAGGACUAUGAAGAGGUUCUGGAACUAGAGACUUUCCCGGGUCCUGGUGCUCGUAAAUUAACAUUUGGAAAGCGAUUCUACGUAGAUCGUAAAGAUUUCAUGGAAGAACCAACGAAAGAUUUCCAUCGCCUCUACGUAGGCAACGAGGUUAGGCUACGUCAUUGCUACUGGAUUAAAUGCACUAAUGUAGUCAAGAACCAAGACAAAAUUGAAAAGAUUAUAUGUACCCAUGAUCCUACCACCAAGGGUGGAUGCGCACCUGCUGAUGGGCGGAAAGUAAAAGCCACUAUUCACUGGCUCAAUGAAAAGGACGCAGAACGUGCCGAGGUGCGUUGGUAUUCACGUUUAUUCACCAAACCUGACCCCAAGGAGGGUGUCGUAGAAAAGGAUGACUGGAUCAAGAACUUUAACCAGAACUCAAUUCAAGUUUAUGAAAACUGUCUAUGCGAGCGAGCCGCCACUGCACUUAAUAUUGGUGAUCCCAUACAUUUCGAGCGCCAUGGGUAUUUUACCAAAGACCCUGAUUCAACCGAUACAAGGCCGGUGUUUAAUCUUACAGUGGGCAUUCCGGACAAGUUUGAGUUAGACGCUAUGAAACGCGAACAUAAGGAACGUGAGCGUCAGCGCCGUCUUGAGGCAGCUGCCCGUCGUAUGAAACGCGCUGUAUAA